AUGGUUGUUCAGGCGGUUGAGGAGAAUGCGAGCAAGGAUCUUCCCGGCCAUGUUCAGCAAGGAGAUGCCUCGGCGCUUGCCGCAGAGGUGGCGGUUUCCUUUCCGCUUAUUAAGAUGGACGAUUGCGGCGUCCUUGAAAUCCUGCGGCACAGUCCUGAUGGCGUUUUGCGUAUCCGGGGACGUCCAGCGUCGUCAAUUGGACUGUGUCCCUCAGUUGACACCAUCGGUUCUCCACGGAUGCGUUCUCGUCAGCUGCGGUAA